AUGGAGGCCAACCAUGAAGAGAGCAGCUUGUGGCCAUUCUGGACAAGUGCUUGGCCUGAUAGCUACCUGCUCGAAGAGGACGCGCUCCUCUCCAGCCUCUCCUUCCCGAGCUUGCACUUCCAACCAUCCUGCUCCACCAUUACCCCGAGCAACAUUCUGCAAGAUGAGCUCGACGCCAUCUUUAACGACGACGUGCUAAAGCAUUGGGACGAGAUGGAGCAAGCUGACAGCAAGGCAGAGGACGGCCACACCACCAAGGGGUUGCCGCUGCUCUGCUACGGCGAAGAGAAGGAAGUCUCCUCCAACUCCGGCACCAUGGUCGUCGGAGCAGACCAGCAGCGCGUGAGGCCAGAGGCGGAGACGGUCCUGACGUUCGAGCUCGUGUCGCAGUACUUCUACAUGCCGAUCAUGCAGGCGGCGCGGGAGCUCAACGUCGGUCUGACCCUCCUCAAGAAGCGGUGCCGGGAGCUCGGCAUCCCGAGGUGGCCGCACCGCAAGAUGAAGAGCCUGCAGUCCCUCAUCAACAAUGUCCAGGUCCUGCAGGAGGCGGGCAAGGCGACAGGGGAGGAGCAGCUGCGGGCGAUGGUGGAGAUGCUGCAGCAGGAGAAGCAGCUCCUGGAGCAGAGGCCGUAUGUUCAGCUGGACGAGAAGACGAAGAGGCUCCGGCAGGCCUGCUUCAAGGCCAACUACAAGAAGAGGCGGCUCUUGGCUCUUGAAGCUGGAGAGGCACCAAGAUCCCACAAUUACUGAUCCAAAUCAGCUUAUAUAUC